AUGUCAAAAGCAGCAAAAGGCGCCGCGGGCGGAGUCGACACAAUUGUCAAGCUGAUUGUGGGCGCCGGCCAGGCCAGUCCCAGCCCUCCAGUUGGUCCUGCUCUGGGUAGCAAGGGUGUCAAGUCUAUGGACUUUUGCAAGGAAUUCAAUGCCAGAACUGCCAAUAUCGUCCCGGGAACGCCAAUGCCGUGCCGAGUCACCGUUCGGCCAGAUCGGUCGUUUACCUUUGAUCUCAGAACACCGCAAACAUCCUGGCUGCUGCUCAAUGCGGUCGGAGCGCCAGUGGGCAAGAAGGGAAACAGAAAAGGCGUCAACAAGCCUGGCCACGAGACGGUGGGCACCAUCAGCUUAAAGCACGUCUACGAAAUCGCCAAGAUUAAGCAGUCAGAACUUCGACUCUCUGGACUAUCGCUGGAGGGACUAUGCCGCUCUAUUAUUUUCCAGUGCAAAUCAAUAGGAAUAAACGUGGUGGCUUAA